AUGACGGGGUCUGGAGAGGCGGAGGACGAGGCGCGCAGAGGCUGGGACCCGGACGGCGUCUUCAAAAAUGCAGGGGGCUCGCAAGUUGACCUCUUUGCCGCGCGCGAGGAGCGGCGCCGGGCGCGGCAGCAGCAGCAGGAGCAGCAGCAAGGGCAGCAGCAGGAGCAGUACCAGGAGCAGGAGCAGCAGCUUCAGAUACGGGGUGUAUCGCAGGGCCUGCAGGAGCAGCAGCAGCAGGCGCCACCACCACGACCACCGCUGCCGUCGCAGCCGCUCCGGCCGCAGCAACCACAGCAGCAGCAGCAGCAGCAGCAGCAGCAGCAGCAGCAGCCGCCCACCCCGCGCGCAUUUGAGAACCCCAUCUCCCCGGUCUCUGCGGAGCAGCUGGCCGCCGGCGGCGUGCCGGUCGCCACGCCCGAGUUCGCCGCCCAACGGGCCGCGCUCGCCGAGCGGCUGGCCGCCUCUUACAUGCCAAUCGACCUCUGCAGGCCUGGCGUGCGGGUGCUGAGCUGGGAGCCCCCAGUGGUGGUAGUGGAGGGCUUCCUAUCAGAUGACGAGUGCGAGGCGCUGACAGACGGCGCGCAGCAAUCGGGCUGCCUCCGCGCGUCGAUGGUCGGCGCCGGCAACGCGGGCCGCCCCGCGGCGGGCGCCAACGCGUACGACGCGCGCCGCACGAGCAGCAGCAUGAUGGUGGACGCGGCCGUGAGGGCGGCGCACGCGCCGCUGGCUGCGCGGGUGGACGAGGUGCAGCGGCGGGCUGUGGAGCUGUUUGGCGGCGGCAAGGGCUCCGGCCACCCCUGGGGCGCGACGGGCAAGAUGCCGCGGCCGGGGCAGUACUGCUUCGAGAGCCCCCAGGUGGCGCGGUACACCAGCGGUCAGCACUUCCUGUCGCACGAGGACGCGUUCCCAGUCCCCCUUGCCCGGGCCAACGGCUUCAACCGCCACGCCACCCUGCUGAUGUACCUGAAUGACGUGGCAGAGGGCGGCGCCACCUGCUUCGACCACCUGGGGCUGCGGGUCCAGCCAAAGCGCGGCCGCGCGCUCAUCUUCUUCCCCGCCUUUGCCGACGGCCGCCCCGACGCGCGGACGCUCCACACCGCAGCGUCAGCUGCAGACGAGAAAUGGGUGUGCCAGCAGUGGGUCGCACGCGGCUUCCAGGCGCAGCCGGCGGCGGCGGCGGCGGCGGCGGCAGUGGGCGGCAAGGGUCUGCAGAAGCUCGCAGCGGCGGCGGCGGCGGCGCCGGCGUCGGCCGGCGGCGCGGCGGCGAUGGUGGCGACGACGGUGGCGACGGUGCCGGCGUCGGGCGCUGGGCGGAAGAAAUCGGCCGGAAAGGGCGGCAAGCGCGGGUUUGGCCGGUGA